ACAAUCGAUGCCUUCCCUAGAAGAUAUUCCUGUCCUUGGAAAAGAAAACUAUAUGACAUGGAAAUCAUGGAUGAAGAGCUACUUGGAGGAGACAAAACUAUGGGAUUAUGCACUAGGAGAAAUCCCUCAACCUCAAGAUAUUUUUAGGCAACAGUAUUCUGACUGGCUAGGGAAACAAGCACAAGUUAAAAUAAAAAUCCGGCAAAAGUGUGGACAAAUGAUGAGACAAUACAUUGAAGCAUUGGAUGGCACAGAGAGUUGGAAACAAUUGGCUCUCAUGCAUGAGUACACUUUUCAUGAACCAGGAAUGAAGAUGACAAGGGAGAUCACGAAUCACACUUGGUGUCCCCCCUUGUACAACGCCAUCGCCGAUGGUAAUUGGAAGGUUGUCUCUAAAUUCCUCGAACAAAACGAGGGAGCUCUUAAAGCCAGGCUUACAUCAAAUGGAGAACUUCUUCUUCAUGUGGCAGUUCUAAAAGAAAAAGUGAGAAUCGUAAAGGAGUUGGUGAAGAAGAUGGAUGCAACAGAUCUAAAGAUUCCAGAAAAACAAGGUAGAACAGUCCUCCAGAUUGCUGCUUCAAUUGGGAAUGUACAUAUAGUGAAGGCCAUAGUAGAGAAGGAAAAGAGCCUAGUUACGGUGAAAACCUCUUACAACAUCCCAAUCGUUGUGGCUGGAAUGGCUGGGAAAAGAGAAGUUAUGCAGUUUCUUUACAGGUUCACUAUAGAGCAAUAUCAAGAAGAAGAAGAGAAAAUGGAUGUGGAGUAUAAAAAAGUUCUAGAGAUGGGGAAGGAAUUCAAGAAAGAGAAAAACAAGGAAGCAGACCCGGAGGAGACAGAUUUAAGAGAGGUACUGAGGAAUAGGUACAUGAUGGAUGUAAAGGAAAAGCCAAAAGAACUGAAGAGGAUUAGAGCUACCAUACUUACUUCUUUAAUUUUCCGUGAAUUCUAUGUGUUAGAAUUUUUGAAUAUGCCUGUGAAAACCAGAGAUGUGGAAAACGGCGGCAAUGUUGAAGGAGGAGGCACAAAUGGAGGAGGAGAAAGCAGCAUCAAUAAUAUUCCUUGGUGGUUUUGUAGGGGACUAUACUCGCGGUGGUGCCAUGAUGCAUUAAUUAGCGUUGGAGUUAAACUAAGUUGCAUUAAGAAAGUAUACGAUAUGAAGUUGAAGCAUGAUGGGGCUUGUAAGCUACUGAAAGAAUUAUGGAGGCUAUAUUCAUCAUAUGAAAAUUUUGAAGACGUGGAGGAUGAAUUGGUCAAAGCAAUGUUCAAUGCAACUGAAUUUGGGAUUGUUGAAUUCAUCGAAGAGGUCAUCAAGAAUUGUCCAAAGCUUCUAUCGGCAACUUACCCGGGACACCAUGAGCAGCAUGCAGGGCAAACCAUAUUUCAUUACGCAAAAAGUCAACGUCAAGUACAAAUUUUCAGACUGUUUCAAGGACUAGGUCCAAUGAAGGAUGAUAUUGUGCAGAUAGCAGAUGAAUCUGAACAAAACUACAUGUCACAUCUAGCUGCCAAAAAGGCAACUGUCUCAGGUUUGAAUCGAAUGCGUCGUGCAGCUCUCCAAGUCCGACGCGAUGUACAAUGGUAUCAGGCAGUGGAAAGCAUUAUGCCACCCUCCUUCAUAAGUUCCAAAAACAAAAAUGGACAGACAUCAAGAAAGUUAUUCUUAGAGGAGCACAAACAGCUAGUAGAUGAAGGUGCAAAGUGGAUGAAGGAAACAGCGCAACAAUGCAUCGUGGUCGCAACACUUAUAGCCACAAUCAUGUUUCAAGCAGUGUUUAGUAUUCCAGAUGUCUUCAAUAUUACAAGCUCUGGUGGCCGCGGCGGCGGGGAGAUCACUAGUGGUACAAGCAGCAAUCAAAAUUACAUACAUAACGAUUUCUCCACAUGUUUUUUUGUGGUCACAAAUAUAUUGGGACUUACCACUUCCGUGGCUUCGAUGUUGAUGUUUCUGGCCAUCAUUACUACAAGCUAUGCAGAAAAAGACUUCUUGAGGAGAUUGCCACUGAUGUUGAUAAUGAGUUUUUUUUCCUUUCCAUUUCAGUAG